AUGGUGGUCUUACUUUUUGAUGUGGUCUGUGGAGUGUAUAUUUUCUCUAUUUGUUUAAAGCAAACAACUAAUUCCACAAAAAAUACUAAGUUUCUAGAGAUUCAAGUGAUUGACCAGCCUUGUCACGCUUCUGAGAUAGAACAAUGGGAAAUUCCUUGUGUGCAUUUCCCAAAACCCAAAACCUUUAGCAGGGAGGAAUGCGUCUGCAAUCCGGUUCGGAAUUUCACCAUCUUGUCGAUGCAGAGAUCUGGGAGUGGAUGGUUUGAGACUUCGUUAAAUAGUCAUAUAAACAUUAGCUCGAAUGGUGAAAUAUUUUCUGUCAAAGAAAGGGGAAGCAAUGUUUCUGUGAUGCAAAGCACAGUGGAUAAAGUUUACAACCUCGAUUGGUCCACUAGUGCUUCCAAGAACGAGUGCUCAGGGGCAGUUGGGCUGAAAUGGAUGCUCAAUCAGGUGAGUAGAGUAGCAUGGUAG